CCCAAGGAGCAUGCGCAGUUUCAGCUGCUCAACCCCUCCCUUAGCUGGGCUGGACAGGGCGGAAGCGCCCCAGGGCAUGCUGGGAGGUGUAGUUCCGGACUCUCUCGGGAGAGGAAGUGAUGUCAUCGAGGGAGGGGGAGCCGGAGCGCAAGCGCGCGGUGUGUUGUGGGUAUGCUUGGCUCGCGCCGGGCUGUUGGAGCUUCUCUCGGGGCCGGAGAAGGGUUUGUGCCUUGGAGUUCUGGGCAUGCGCAGAUCGCGGCGGGAGAGACCUUCAUUAACCCCCCCUGCCCGGGCUCCGCCUGCGCUGCGGAGCUGCAGCCUCCAGAGGCCAGUGACCUUCCAGGAGGUGGCUGUGUAUUUCACCAGGGAAGGGUGGGCUCUGCUGGACCCUGUCCAGAGAGCUCUCUGCAGAGACGUCAUGCAGCAGAACUAUGAGAAUGUGACCUCACUGGCACAGCCAGGACCUGGGAAGGAGGCCUGGGACAUGUGAGGGAGAGACUGUGACCUGCCCUGACACUACAGAGACACGAGUAGUGAUCUCCCUGCACCACAGAACAGGGUGACGUGUUUUCCUUUAAUCUUUCCUUAUGUUUUACAUUAAUUGCUGGGUAAUAAAUUGUAUUUGCUUGAAGCAAUGCAAUGCAAUGCAAUGCAGAGUGGGUCAGGGAAGUGCCCAGAGUGGAUAGCGUUCCCCACAGUGGGGACACUGUAGCCCUGUUCAAGUGAGCAUGACAAGAUUGGGGGUCAAGCCCCCCACGAUUCCUGGGCCCAGCCUUGUUGGGGUUACGAGGACUCUGCCACACAUGAGUAGAAAGAGCAUCCUUGGGGUCAGGCAGGCCUCUGGGUAGGAGUGUGAUGACUCAGAUCCUUUCUCUGGCAAGUAGCGCCAGGGUCAUGUAUAAACCAGGGAAGUUUGCCCCAAUAGCUGGACCAGAACCCCCUGUACACUUGCCCUCUGUUGUCAUUGCUCCUCUGUCUCUCUUCCCCUUAUGUCUGCUGCUCUCCUCUGAGCUCUCUCAGCACCUGGCCCCACAGCGCUUCCUGCCAGCCAGAGAGUGCGUGUUCUAGGCCUGUUCCUGUGGAUGUGGCCUCUCUCCUGAUUCCUGAGGAAAGGAACCUUUCCAGGAAAUGGCCAUGGAUUCUGGGAAUCCACAUGUGACUGGUGCACAGCACCAGGAAUCAUUUGGCUCCUGGCACACAAGGCCACUUAAAAGCUAAGUGCCUAGAUGGUCUUGAACCCUGGACCCUCAGAUUAAGAGCUUGAUGCUUUACCAGCUGAGCUACCUGAGAGCAUCUUCCCCAUUCACCUCAAGAGCGAUCAGGUAAGCAAAAGAGAGGCAAAAAAAAGUCCCAGGAACCCCUCCUCUUUUUCUGCACAUCCAGUGCCUGUCAGCAGGAUUCCUCCUCCUCCUCCUCCCUCCUGUGCCUCACUAAAUCUCCACACCUAGACAGCUGGUCUGUCCGCUGCACCCCAGUCCCCCAUGCCUGAACCUCCCUGCCAAAGCCCUGCACCUGGCUCCAUAGAAUUAAGUCUCACGUGUCGCUGGGAUCUCUACAUCUUGUGCCCAGAGAGUCUCGACCUCCUCAGUAGCUGACCUCAGAAACACAGUGUCUGCCUUUCCCAAAGAAGUGCUUGGAGGGGUUUUUCUCAUGUGGGCUAAUGGAUAAGGCAUCUGAGUGCAGAUCAGAAGAUUGAGGAUUCAAGUCUCUUUGUGGUUGUUUUU